AUGUCCUGGUUUGCUGCCAGUGUGGACUGGCAGAGCGUUCGUGCCGACAUUGAGGAAGCCAUUGAUAACAACGACAUCGAUGGCCAGGCCCCCGGCCCCCUCCUCCUCCGCCUCGCGUGGCAUUGCUCUGGCACCUACGACAAGGAGACGGGCACCGGUGGCAGCAACGGCGCGACCAUGCGCUUUGCGCUCGAGUCGGAUGAUCCCGCCAACGCCGGCCUUCAAAAGGCGCGCAACCUCCUUGAGCCCAUCAAGGCCAAGUAUCCCGGCAUGACUUUUGCCGAUCUCUACACCUUUGCCGGCAAGGUGGCCGUCGAGUCGAUGGGUGGUCCCGAGAUUGCCUGGAAGCCGGGCCGCUCGGAUGCCGCUGAUGAGACCUUCUGCCCUCCCAACGGCCGCCUGCCCGAUGCCACCCAGGGUGCUGCCCACAUCCGCCAGGUCUUCUACCGCAUGGGCUUCAACGAUCAGGAAAUUGUUGCGUUGGUGGGGGCCCACACCGUGGGCCACUGCCACAAGGACCGCUCCGGCUUUGAUGGACCUUGGUCCUUUGGCCCCUACAGCUUCGACAACGACUUUUUCCGCCUGCUCUUUGACGAGACCUGGACCGUGCGCCCCAACUUCAAGCCCACUCAGUACGAGGACUCGACCGGCAAGCUAAUGAUGCUGCCCACCGAUCUGGCCAUUGUCCAGGAUCCCAAGUUCCGCCAGUGGGCUCGCAAGUACGCUGACGACAUGGACCUUUUCCACCGUGACUUUGCCGCCGCUUUUGCCAAGCUAAUGGACCUCGGCGUGCCGCGUCGUUAA